AUGACAACUAUUACAAACUCGAAUGGGGACUGCCUGGUCCAGCUCGGCGAUUCUGUGACGGAAUUGGAGUUGCCGUCACAUCGGAAACGGGCCUGGCACAAGAGCCAUCCAUUUCUCUCCCCGCAUACCGUUGCAAUGAGAAUAUGGGAAUGUGUUGUGCUCAUCACCGUCAUUAUAACGUUUGGUUUGGAAAUAUUCCUUGCGGCUUUCAACUCACAAAUUGUAUUACUUUGGGUGUUCGCGUAUGUUUUUGAUUUUAUCUACAUUGUGGAAAUUACUCUAAACUUUUUUCGAGGAUAUAUGGAGAACGGCAUCCUCAUCACAGACCGACGGAAGAUACGGAAACAUUAUUUGCAGACAACUUUUUUGCUAGAUCUUUUUACUGUUCUACCUUUGGAUUUACUUGUGUUCAUAUCACCCGGAAUUGUUGCGGGACACAUGAAAAGACUAGCCCAAUAUCGCUGUAUUAAUAGGUUAUUUCGAUCACAUAGAAUCCUAAGCUUCUUUGAGUUAAGAGAGUCUGAAUUAGGCACCAAUACAGCACUGAUUCGAACACUUAAAUAUACAACGUUAGCAGCUUUGAUGAACCAUCUCUUAUCGUGUGCGUGGUAUGCGUUGACCUGUGUUGGUCUUCAUGAUGGUAUUAAUCCUGAAUGUUUUAAUAAAUCAUGGGGAACCAGUCCAGAUGAAAUUAAUUUAGGAACUGAUAUGACAAAUACGUCUACUGGCUCCGCUUAUAUUAUCACUUUAUACUGGGCAGUUGCCACAACGACUUCAACAGGGUAUGGUGAUAUUCAUUCUGUCAACGAAAAUGAACGUUGGUUUUCCAUAUUUGCUAUGUUGUUAGGUAUCUUUGUCUUCUUUGGCAUGAUUCUUGGUGGUAUGGCCUCCAUGUUGACUAAUUUUGACGCCCAGCGUGCUAAAUAUACACAUCGACUUAAUGUUAUCAAGGAGCAUUUGAAAGAUUUAACAGUUCCAGAAGAAUUACAGAAACUGGUAAUUGGUUAUUAUGAAUAUCUCUGGGUUCGGAAGAGAGGUGUCCAUGGUGAAGGACUUCUUGAUGCACUGCCUCUUACAUUUAAAGCAGAAGUUGCACUUGUUGGCAAUAAAUAUAUACUUGAAAAGGCUCCCAUGUUCAGGUCAAUGAACGAAGGGUUCCUACGUAUGUUAUCGUUAGUAAUCAAACCAUCCUUGUACCUGCCAAAACAAACCAUUGCAAACCGUGGAGAAAUCGGUCACCAGAUGUAUUUUGUUCACCGUGGAGAGGUAGAGGUUUUAUCCGAAGAUGAUGAUGAAACAGCCAUUGCAACACUCCAAAGUGGUAAAUUAUUUGGUGAGGUGAGUUUAGUGUUCAGCAUGCCCAGAACUCAUGCAAUUCGUGCUGCUGCUCACUGUGAUUUAAAAGUACUCGACAAAAAUGAUCUUCAACAGGUGAUAUUGCAUUAUCCUGAAGUGGCUAGUACACUGCAGGAGAUAGCUGAAAAUCGCUGUGACACUGCUGGACAUCUCCAUGAAAGAGUUCAAGCUGGUGAAGGUGUCAUUCCGGCUUCCAAGAGUCUAGGGAAGCCAGCUGUUGCUGCUCAUGUACCAACAAAGUCUACACAAUCUCCUGGUAAGAAAGCAUCACCUCAACGAGAAGCGAGAAUCAGGACAACUGUUACUGUAACUAAAUCUGUUGAUGUAUUUGAAUUGGAGGAGCCAGGUAGUGAAUGGGUUUCAGUUCAUAAAGGAAAUUGCUGCACUCGAAUGAGGAAGAGGUUGUCUGAUUGGGUAGACAAGAUACAAAAUGGAGUGAUUGAACCUAACUCCCACUUUUUUAAAGUUUGGCAACGAUUAGUACUUAUUGUAACGUUGCUGGUUUCUUUCAUCUAUUCCUACAUGGCCUGUUUUACAGCUAACCAGCAUACUUCUGGCUAUGGUGACUCCCACGGUGCUACAGCUUUGCUUGUUAUUUCAUAUUUUCUGGAUGCUAUACUCGCUGCAGAUAUUGUCGUCAAGCUACGUACUGGAGUAGCUACGCCAAAUGGUAACCUGAAAGAUUUUGCUAGUAUUCGCAAACAUUACUGUAGAAGUUGUGGCUUUGUUUUGGAUAUCCUGGCAAUAUUACCCUUGGAGCUUUUGUGUUUUGUACAACCAUUUGGAUAUGGACGAUGGCAUCUGUAUUCAUUUCUCAGACUCAAUAGGAUUGUCAAGUAUUACAUUGUACCUGGAUUUUUCUCCAAGCUAGAAGAUGACCUAGAUGUAGAUAUCGCUACCAUUCGAUUUUUUAAGUUCUUCAUUUUCAUAUCUCUACUAUCGCAUUGGAGUGCCUGUAUAUGGUACCUGUCUGCUUGCCAUGCCGCUGUUUGGGCUGAUCAUGCUGAAAUCACAACUGAAACGGAUCCAUUCAAAGAAUACGUGUUGGCAUUAUACUGGUCUGCUGCCACUAUGUCUAGCACUGGAUAUGGGGAUAUCAGUGCACACACGACUGUUGGCCGCUCUAUAGCUCUGGUUGCUAUGUUGGUUGGGUUGCUACUCUAUGGAUAUUGUCUUUCAUCAAUUGCUGCCACAUUAGCUAAUGCUGAUGCACCAAGGGUUGGUUUUCAAGAGAAACUUUUUGCUGUACAAGAGUUCAUGCGAGAUCACAACCUGGGAACUGACUUACAACAACGUGUCAUCAACUAUUUGAGUCUUCUCUUCCGAAGACACAGAGGGGAAACGAUGCCCGGUGGUUUGAGAUUAAUGCAUGAUAUGCCUAUCGCUUUGCAGCAAGACAUUGCCUUUGAAGAUGCUCAGGCAACCCUUGGAUGUGUUCCUCUUUUCAAGGAUUGUGAUUCUAGCUUUAUCCGUAUGCUGUCUCUUAAAACACAUGCUUAUCUUUUUACACCUGGGGACAUCAUAGUUUACCAAGGUGACAUGGGACGUGAAAUGUAUUUCAUCAGACGUGGAACCUGUGAGGUGCUCUCUGCAGACAUGAGUCGGGUAAACAGUAUCAUUGGACCUGGACAGUACUUCGGCGAAGUUGGUUUGAUCUUUGGAGACUAUCGUACUGCUACAGUUCGGGCAUCAUCAUAUUGUGAACUGUUGAUGUUACAAAGAUCAGACUUGGAUGAAGUUCUCACACAUUUUCCACUCAUUGCAAAGCAAUUUAAAGAAGCUGCAGAAAACAAACAACAUUUGGUGGAACUUCAGAAUGCCUCUAAAGAAAACGAAGACCCUCAGGACAAACCCAAAACUGAAAGUGAAAGAUCAACUCAGGAGUUUCUUCAAACUGAUUAUCACAAACACGUAGAGGAGUCUGUCAAGCUGUUUGACAGUUCUUCAGAUGACUAUAGAGGACCCUUCAAGAGUCUUAGUAUUGUUUCAUAUCUCUUCUCCUUCCUGCUAAUGAAACGAUGUUUUCUACCAAGUGGUAAAUGGUUUCAGAAAUGGGAGAUAGUACGAGUUGGUGUUGCUAUAUUGCUGGUAUUUACUGUCAGUUUGCAGGCGGCAUUUUUACAUCUCGAUAUACCAUUAUGGAUUGUUAAUUAUUUAUUAGAUCUUAUCUGUUACAUUGACAUGUACCUGAAGUUUCAUACUGCCUUUUACAAUGAAACUAAUGUAUUAGUGACACAUCCACUGUCUACAGCUAAGCACUAUCUAAAAACCAAUUUUAUGUUUGAUUUGGUUGCCUGUUUCCCUACAGAAUUAAUUGCUUUUGCAAUAUUAGGUUCAUUCUCAGGUUAUGCUAUACAUGUAUAUGCUUUAGUAAGACUAAAUAGAAUUCUUGGUGUAUAUAGACUUCCACUGGCUUUCAACUUUUUAGAGUCUGGUGUAGAACAUGAAACUGGUUUUAUCAGAGAAGUGAAAUUUUUAUUUUAUUUGCUGAAGUUCAUUCACCUGUUGGCAUGCCUGUGGUUCAUCAAUGCUUGUCCCCCAAUCUUCUCAAGUAACCCAACUGUUGAUGACUUAUCAGGGCGAGUGAAAACACACUACCAUAUGUGCCUUAACGAUUCAUGGGCUUUGAAAUAUACAGACCAUAAUAUGACUGCUGAGAGUAUAGCUGGUCAGUAUAUUGUUAGUCUGUAUUGGGCCUCGGCUACAGCGGCAUCUGUAGGCUAUGGUGAUAUACAUGCAAAUAAUGUAGGAGAGAUGGUAAUUGCUUUGCUGUCUAUGAUUAUUGGUAUUGUCUUCUUUGGUUACAUCAUUGCUAGUGUGGCUGCUAGUUUGGCUAAUGCUGAUGCUCAACGGGCCAGGUACCAAGAAAAACUCACCAGUAUAAGACGAUUUUUGAAGGACCAAGAUGUAGACCUUGCUCUGCAGCGUCGUGUGAUUGGAUUUUAUCAGUAUCUUUGGAUGAGAACCAAAGGAGUUGAUCCCGAUUCGUUGUUUGAUGGACUUCCACUGUCACUCAAAGCAGAUGUCACCCUCAGUCUGUAUCGGGAAAUUAUAAACAAGGUACCAUUGUUCCAGGAUACAGAAAUAGGUUUUCAAAAAAUGUUGUCCAUGUGUAUCAAACCUACCCUCUACCUUGGAGGAGAAUACAUUGUAAAGAAACAUGACAUUGGAAGUGAGAUGUUCUUUAUUCACCGUGGAAUUGUUGAGGUGGUCUCUGAAGAUGGAGCUAUAGUUUUUGAUACUAUGCAAGGCGGUAGAUUCUUUGGUGAAAUCAGUUUAGUGUUUAGCGUACCAAGGACAGCUUCUAUCAGGGCACAAAACAAUUGUGAUUUGUUUGUUUUGACAAAAGAAGACCUGGAUCGUGUACUGACUCACUAUCCCAUCAUCAAGGAACAAAUCUAUAAAACAGCUGAGGAAAGAAUCAAUGCUGUGAGAAAACGUAGCAAACAGGCAGUCACUCCCCAGCCUGCAAAACCAUCUGCAUCUGCUAGUAAGCAGGAAAAAAUUGAUGAAAAGCCAGAAGAUGACAACAAAAAUGUAAAGACUAAUGACAAAAAAGAUGCUAAGAACGGCCAGCCAUCUGGUGCAGGUGGCCCCGGACCUUCAGGCAGUGGAAUCAUAGAUGAAUUGACUAUUGAUCUGGAAUCAGACAUACUUCGUGAGCCAAAUUACUGUAGUAGCAUGUGUUCCAAGGAGAAGUUCCAGUCAUGUCUGACUAUUAUAAGGAAAGCAAACAGUUUUGUGUUGGAUCCAGAUAGUCGUUUUGUGCGCUACCUCAAAUAUGUUUCAUGCGUACUUGGAUUUGUCACUUCCUGGACUAUCAUUUAUGAGGCUGCUUUUCAACAUCAUAAUAUUGGUAUAAUAAUUUUUAGUUACAUCUGUGAAGCGAUUUUCUGGUUUGAGAUCUACAUCAAGUUCCAUGUUAGUUUCAGUGACAAGUAUGCAGAGCUGGAAAAAGAUUUUGUGAAAGUGUACAACCAUUAUUUUAGAUCAACCAACGGUUUUGUAGUGGACGUGGUAGCAGCACUUCCCAUCGAUAUCUUUGCUCUGUGUGGUGGUACCGUACAGUCCAAGUAUAUGGCACUCUCACUGCUAAGACUUAUACAUUUACUCAGACUUGUACGGGUUUCACAGUUUUUUUCAUCUUGGGAGAAAGAAUUAGACAUAAAUGUACUUUCUGUUCGGUUGUGUAAAUUUCUGGUAGAGCUCUUUUUGUUGAUUCAUUUAUUUGCCAGUAUCUGGUAUGUUAUAGCUUGCCCACUAGGCAACUGCAUGGCUGGCACAUGGGCUGAUCAUGAAGGUAGUAUAAUGAAACAGUAUUGUGACUGUAUAUAUUGGUGUGUAGCCACCAUGACAUCUACGGGAUAUGGUGAUUUACAUGCGUAUACUAUUGGAGAAAUGGUAUUUGCUAGCUUUGUUAUGAUUGUUGGUCAACUUAUCUUUGGUUUUAUCCUUGGUAAUAUUGCUUCCACAUUGGCCAAUGCUGAUUCCAAUAGAGUGUCCUUUGAAGAACACCUCACUGCUAUCAAGGACAUGAUGAAAGAUCAAGGUCUAACCAGUAAACUACAGAAAAGAGUUGUCAAUUACUAUGACUACCUCUGGAUGAGAAAUAAGGGUGUUGAUGCAAGAGGCCUAUUUAAAGAUGCUCCAUCCUGCAUGCAUGCUGAGAUCUGCUUAAACACCAAUGAACACCUUCUCAAAAACGUGUCCAUGUUCAAAGGUGCUGAAGAUAGUUUCUUUCGAACACUAUCACCAAUGCUAAGACAUCUACUGUAUCUACCAAAUGAUUACAUUGUUAGAAAAGGAGAUGUUGGGAAUGAAAUGUACUUCAUACAUAGAGGAACCGUUGAGAGACUAUCAAAUGACAGUGGUAAAAUACUUGGGGUUGGAGACUACUUUGACGAUAUCAACUUAGUAUACGACGUUCCAAGGAGUUGUUCGUACUGUGCAACUGUGCAUGUAGAUGUGUAUGCCUUAUCAAGAGAUGACCUACAGAGCGUACUCAAGCACUAUCCCAUAGUUGAAGCACAGAUAAAAGACAUUGCAGCAGAAAUGUACGGUGAAUCGUCGUCUUCAUUUGCCGAGAACAACGGUCUCAUACAAGGCAGUAAUGUGUUUAGCCACAUCUUUGCUGUUGGUGGUACCUUUGCUGUUGGUGGUACCUUUGCUGUUGGUGAUACCUUUGCUGUCGGUAAUACCUUUGCUGUUGGUGGUACCUUUGCUGUUGGUGGUACCUUUGCUGUUGAUGGUACCUUUGCUGUUGAUGGUACCUUUGCUGUUGGUGGUACCUUUGCUGUUGGUGGUACCCUUGCUGUUGGUGAUACCUUUGCUGUCGGUGGUACCUUUGCUGUUGAUGGUACCUUUGCUGUCGGUAAUACCUUUGCUGUUGGUGGUACCUUUACUGUUGGUGGUACCUUUGCUGUUGAUGGUACCUUUGCUGUUGAUGGUACCUUUGCUGUUGAUGGUACCUUUGCUGUUGGUGGUACCUUUGCUGUUGGUG